UUCUUUCUUUCCCUGUCUUUGUCCUUUUGUAAGCUUCUUCUAUUAUCAGUGUACACAAACACUGAGAGACCCGAAGACCAGAAAAGAAGCAAGCUUUAGAUCUGAGACUAACAAACCCACACAAACCAUAGCUCCAAGGACGAUCUGGGUGUGCAUGUUUUAUUUGUCUGAUAAAGGUCUGUCUAUCACUGGUCAAUAAAGGUUGUAGAUUUACCAUAAAUGGCAGUCACAGAGGGUCAUAAUCCCCUUCUUGGAGAAACAACUUGUGGUACUUUGUUACAGAAAUUGCAGGAAAUCUGGGAUGAGGUUGGUGAAAGUGAUGAAGAACGGGACAAGAUGCUUCUUCAAAUAGAACAAGAGUGCUUAGAUGUGUAUAAGAAAAAAGUUGAGCAGGCUGCAAAAUCAAGGGCACAGCUUCUUGAGGCACUGUCAGAUGCCAAAAUUGAACUGGCCAAUCUUCUUUCAGCCCUUGGAGAAAAAAGCUUCGUCGGAAUGCCUGAGAAAACUUCUGGAACAAUCAAGGAACAACUUGCAGCUAUAGCACCGGCACUUGAACAACUGUGGAAACAGAAAGAAGAGAGGGUAAAGGAAUUUUCUGAUGUACAGUCUCAAAUUCAAAAAAUUUGUGGAGAAAUUGCUGGGAGCUCAAAUGUUAAUGGGACUCCAACAGUUGAUGAGUCUGAUCUAUCUCUAAAGAAGUUAGAUGAAUAUCAUGUGCAACUUCAAGAACUUCAAAAGGAAAAGAGUGAUAGGUUGCAGAAGGUCCUUGAAUUUGUGAGCAGCGUGCAUGAUCUCUGUGCUGUCCUGGGGAUGGACUUUCUCAGUACUGUAACUGAAGUUCAUCCAAGCUUAAAUGACGCUACUGGUGUGCAGUCCAAAAGCAUUAGUAAUGAUACAUUAGCGAGGCUGGCUAAGACUGUCUUAGCUUUAAAAGAAGACAAGAAGCAGAGACUUCAUAAGCUUCAAGAGCUAGCAGUUCAGCUGAUUGAUCUGUGGAAUCUGAUGGAUACCUCCGAAGAAGAAAGGCAAUUGUUUGAUCAUGUUACCUGUAACAUAUCAGCUUCAGUUGAUGAAGUGACUGUCCCUGGUGCUCUUGCGGUGGAUCUGAUUGAACAGGCCGAGGUUGAAGUGGAAAGGCUUGAUCAGCUAAAAGCUAGCAGGAUGAAAGAAAUUGCUUUGAAAAGGCAAGCAGAACUUGAAGAAAUAUAUGCCCGUGCACAUAUAGAAGUAGAUCCAGAGGCUGCUCGAGAAAAAAUCAUGGCAUUGAUCGAUUCUGGUAGUGUUGAGCCUGCUGAGUUACUGGCUGACAUGGAUAAUCAGAUAUCAAAAGCCAAAGAAGAAGCUCUUAGCAGAAAAGAGAUUUUGGACAAGGUUGAGAAAUGGAUGUCAGCAUGUGAGGAAGAGAGCUGGCUUGAGGACUACAAUAGGGAUGAAAACAGGUACAAUGCUAGCAGAGGCGCGCACUUAAAUCUCAAGCGUGCAGAGAAAGCCCGGGUAUUGGUAAACAAAAUUCCAGCACUGGUGGACACCUUGGUCGCCAAAACUCGAGCAUGGGAGGAUGAUCGCGGCUUGCAAUUUGCUUAUGAUGGAGUCCCUCUCCUGGCAAUGCUAGAUGAAUAUGCCAUGCUCAGGCAGGAAAGAGAAGAGGAAAAACGAAGACUUAGGGAUCAAAAGAAGUACACCGAGCUGCAAAGCACAGAACAAGAAGCUAUUUUUGGUUCAAGGCCCAGCCCUGCUCGAUCAGUAGGUACAAAAAAGGUGGUGGGGCCUCGUGCAAAUGGAGGUGCAAAUGGCACUCCCAGCAGACGACUAUCCUUGAAUGCUCAUCAAAACGGCAGCAAGUCCAGUACUAAAGAAGGGAGGAGAGACAGUACUAAUAGGCCAGCAGCCCCUCUUAACUAUGUAGCCAUAUCAAAAGAGGAUGCUGCAUCCCACAUUUCUGGUACUGAUACUGUUCCAGCUUCACCAUGACUAAAUAAAACAGAUCUCUGUAGGUUUACACCCUUUUGAUAUUACUAUUGUGUAGGAGCUUGUUGUAGCGAUAUAGAUGCGAAAAACCGAGAACUGGGAGAGUAAACUGUAUUUUUUUUCUUCUUUUUUUCUUUUUCCUUUUUAGCCUUGUAUGAUCUAUUGGCAUUUGGAGCUGUUAUAAUUUAUGGUGCUUUACUUCUUCGAGUCA